AUGAAACCAAGCGUUGACUUUUAUAUUGUUUAAUUUGAAUAAUACAAAAAAGAAAAUGAACAGUUAAAGAGGGAGAUUGUUUUGCAAAAGUUGAAUUUUGAAUAGUAAUUGGAAAAGGUAUAACGAAUGACUUAAGAAGACUAAUAGAUGUAUUAAAAACAAAUCUAGGAACAUGAAAGGGAAAUGGAAACAUUUAAAUAUUCCUUACAAAAGACUUUUGAUAAACUUAUUUAAGAAAACAAUAAAUUAUAAACAUAGUUAAUGAAUGCUGAAAUUGAAAAAAUAUUAAUGAAUUAAUCAUAAUAGUCUUUAUCAGAAUGUAAAUAAUGGAUCACAGAUUUAUCAAAUACCAAUAUUGACAAGGAAUCAUAUGAAAAGCUGUAAAAUACUAUUUAAGAAUUUGAGUAAUAUAUGGAGACUGAAAGACAAUUGUUUUUAUCUGCUAAAUCUGAAAUUUCUGAAAAGGAAUAAGAAAAACAAUAAAUGGAAAUAAAAUUGGAAUAAAAAUAGCAUGAACUAAAUAAAUUAAAAGAAAGAAAUGAAAUUUGUGAAUACAGAUUAAAAGCUUGCUAAGAACAAAUUUUGAAAUUGCAGUAAUAACUUAAAGAAAAGUCAGAAUUAGAGGAUAAAGCCAAAGAAGUUUAGUAAAAGUAUUAGCAAUAGCUUAUAAAGUUGAAAGACAAUUUUGAUAGACAAUAAAAAAUGUUAUAAUCAUACAUGGCUUAUUUAAAUGAAAUUAGAGAUAAGUUUGAAGAAGAAUAAAAAAAGAAUAUUUUAUUAAAAGAAGAAUUUGAAUCGGAGAAAAAGAGAUUGUAAGAAGAAAAUAGAAGAAAUCGAAGUUUAAAUAAUGAAACAGAAUUGGAUUAAUAAAUUUGA